AUGACAUGAAUGGAAGAAGCAAACCUAGUGCAAAGAGAUUCAUUUGAACGACUGUGUCUCUCCGAGUCUGAGAGAGAGAGAGAGAGAGAGAGAGAGAGAGAGCGAGAAGAACCCAUUUUCGACCGGAAGCCAAGUCCCAGUGCUUCUCCGUCGAUUCCCUUCCUUCUCUUCCAAGCAUUGAAUCUGCCGUCGUCGUCUUCUCCGAUUCUCCAUCCUCGGAGACGAGCCGAAACUGGAACUCCGUUGACCGGAAGGUUGUUCUGAUUUGAUGAGGAGCGUCCGCCAGUGCCAGAGGAUUUUCUUCCUCUGCUUGUUCUCCGUCUCUGUCUUCGCUCCCAUCGUUUUCGUUUCCCGGAGGCUCCAAAACAUUUCUUCCAUAGGACGCAAGGAGUUUAUAGAGGAUAUUUCGGCUGUGAAGCAUAGGCCGGAUGUUUUGAAACUCAACUCCGAUGAGCAGGAAGGGGGUCAAAGCUUGAAAGAGCCGAAGCUGGUCGUUUAUGAAGAUAGGGGUUUUGGUUCUGUUGCCAACUAUAGUGCUUCUGACAAGAUUGAUGGCGAUGUUGAGGAUUCUAUUGAUGCUGGAGACAAGCCUGAAGUUCAAAGAAAUGGGACCAGCACGAGGAGCUCAAAGGAAGAUCAGAAGAUGCAGAAGAAAGUGGUACCUACCAAAUCUCAUGGGAAGGACGACCCUACUAGAACUGUGGUUCAACGUAUUCAAAAGUCACCAGCACGAGGUUCAACGGAUAAGAAGGUCAAAGAGAUGAAAGAUCAGUUAGUCAGAGCCAAAGCAUACUUGAAUUUUGCUCCUCCUGGUAGCAACUCGCAUUUUGUGAAAGAGCUGAAGUUGCGGAUCAAGGAGUUGGAACGAGCUAUGGGGGAUCCCAGCAAGGAUACAAAUUUAUCUAGGAGCGCAUGGCAGAAAUCAAGAGCUAUGGAAGCUUCCUUGUCGAAGGCAAGCCACAUCUAUUCUGACUGCUCAGCCAUGGCCACCAAGCUCCGGGCUAUGACUUACAAUGCUGAAGAACAGGUCCGGGUGCAACAGGAUCAAGCAGCGUAUCUGCUUCAUCUUGCAGCUAGGACAACCCUUAAAGGCCUUCAUUGCCUUACAAUGCGGCUGACUGCAGAGUACUUUGCCCUGCUGCCAGAGGAAAGGAAGUUUGAUAACCAGCAAAAAGUGCACGAUCAAGAUUUGCACCAUUAUGCAAUUUUCUCAGACAAUGUUCUGGCAUGUGCCGUGGUGGUUAACUCUACAGUCUCCUCUGCAUUGGUACUGCCUCUACUCUUUAAACCAAUGGAUCCAGAGAAGAUCGUGUUCCAUAUAGUGACUGAUUCCCUCAAUUUGCCAGCGAUUUCUAUGUGGUUCCUACUUAACCCUCCUGUGAAAGCCACUCUUGAUAUCAGGAGCAUGCAAGAUUUUGAGUGGUUAUCUCCUAAGCGUCGGUCAGCUUUGGAGAAGCACAAUUCACGUGACCCAAGAUACACAUCUGCGCUAAAUCAUCUGCGCUUCUAUCUUCCUGAUGUCUUUCCUUUACUGAAUAAGAUAUUGCUGUUUGACCAUGACGUGGUGGUGCAAAGGGAUCUAAGUGAACUAUGGAAUGUGAACAUGAUGGGAAAAGUGAAUGGAGCUGUACAAACUUGUCAGGAAGGUGAAGGUUCAUUUCGGCGUAUGGAUACGUACAUUAACUUUUCAGAUCCAUUUGUUUCGGAGAGAUUUGAUCCAAACUCAUGCACGUGGGCAUUUGGUAUGAACUUGUUUGAUUUGCAAGAGUGGAGAAGACAAAAUCUAACUGCUGUAUACAGCAGCUACUUACAGAUGAACGGAAGGGACCCACUGUGGAAAGCGGGGAGUUUGCCCUUGGGGUGGCUCAUCUUCUAUAACCAGACGGUACCUCUCGACAAAAGGUGGCAGAUUCUUGGCCUAGGUUAUGACUCGGGGAUACCACGGAGCGAAAUCGAUCGAGCAGCAGUGAUUCAUUACGAUGGCGUAAUGAAACCUUGGCUUGAGAUCGGGAUCGGCAAGUACAAGGGCUACUGGAGCAGGCGUAUCUCCUACCACCACCCUUACUUGCAACAGUGCAACAUCCAUGAGUAGCAUUACAGGAAAAUAGUAGAGGGCAAAGCUUCAAGAGACCUGAGUUUCAAAACAGGAAACUGUAGGAGAGCAGGCAUCAUAUUCUUUUAUCCCUACGUUAGUAAUUAAUUCUCGGUGUAAAUCGAAACCCAUUCUUUUCGAGACUUUACGUGGCAGGAAUCUGUUGUAGGAAGUAGAGGGCUCCAUUUAUGUCUUAAUAAGUCAGAAUUGCCAGCAUUUAUCAAAAAAAAAAAAAGAGUCAGAAUUGCCAGCAGGUUUUCCAGUGCUGGCGGUAAUUUCAUUGUACAUAAACUGCUCUUUAGGAUGACGAUAAUACAAAUUCGAAACAUCCUGAUUUUUUGGAUAUUUAAAUUUGA